GGCGCAGCAUGGCACGAAGCUGACUACCAUCAUCUAUAAAUACCUCCUCCUUCUUCAUUACAGCCCCACUUCUUCCAACCAUACUCUCCCUCGCUCCACUCCCAAGCUAUCCGUGAAGAUGGCUUCCCAAGAACCCCUCGUUCGCUUCUACGACCUCAGUGGGCCCAAGUGCUGGUCACCAGCCUGCUGGCGCACUCGAUAUGCCAUCAACUACAAGCGCAUCCCCUAUGAGUGCGUAAAGCUCUCCUACCCAGCCAUCAAGCCCACCUGCCAGAAGCUCCUCUCCCCUACAUGGCCAGACGACGACUGCACGGUGCCUAUCAUCGAGAUCUUGCAGGCUCCCCACGUCGCUAAGAACGACAGCACUCCCAUCGCUGAGCUUCUCAACGAGAGAUUUACCGAACAAGAUGGUUACCCAGACCUAAAAUUGGUCGAAGAAACUAAGAAGCAUGCGAGGGACACAAAAUUGGCCAACAGAGCGGUCUAUUUUUGGAUUUGCUAUGAUGUGUACAAGAAUGCGUUGGAUCCGGAUGAUGGGUCGAAGGAGUUUUUCAAAAGAACGAGAGAGCUGGAUCACGGGCCUCUGGAGAAGUAUUUGGAGAAGAUGGGGGGUUCGGAGGAUGCGAUCUUUGAGGAACUUAAGGUGCAGUGGGUGUACUUGAAGGAGAGGAUGGCGAAGGAGGACGGAACUGGUGAACCUACCUAUGUUGACUUUUAUGAUGCGAGUCGCAUUAGGUGGGUUGAGGCAGCAAAUUCUGAGAAGGGGAAGAGAUUGAUGAACCUGUACGGAGAUGACACGUUUAUCAAGCUGAUGAACAAGGUCAAGCCCUAUGAGGGAGGUGAUGGAAGCCUGUAGAGUGCACAUGAGCUCCAAGAACAAGAAUGAGCGCAGAUAUUUUAAUUCCACUGUUUUUUUAUGGUACAUUGAAGUUUCUAGAAAAGAUCUCGUGCAGCAUAACAGCCACUCUUCAAGCUCUCACUGGAUAUUUUUCUUGCAUCCACUUAUCUACACUAACUCUUCAUCUUUACGUGUUGGCCCCAGCCUUCUUCGCAAAGACAGCCAGUAUUGGCGCAGGAUCACAGUACAACAAGUACUCCUUAAUCUUCCCCUCCUCAAACCUCACGACCUCACACUCCUUGAACCCUUCCACAACCUCCCCCGC